UGCGCGCCAACAUGUCUCUCAGGUGGAAGUCGGGAUGGUUGCUGCUGCUGGCGCUGGACGUCGUGCUUGGGCAGGGGAAGACUGUCCCGGCAAACAUUCUCCCCAACAUAACGAACCUGCAGCAACAGAAUGAAGAUUUUAUCAACAGAUUCAUCAAUAAAUUCAACUUCAUGAUACCAGAGCCUCUCACUGAAGCAACGUGUGGCGGAACGACCAACACCCACAAGACAGUCUGGCAGAACCCGACGUACCCAUCUAUUGAAGGCGGGCUGCCCACCCUUUGCCCUCUGACAGUUAAUGUCCCUCCAAACACUUGUGCUUUGAAGGUCUACUUCAAAGAUCUGGCUUUUACUCCUAGAUUCUUUAGCUACCUGAUAGGCUUCUGCGCACACGACAGCCCCUCCUUCAAGGCAUCCUACAAGGGGGGCAUUACACAGGCACUGUGUUCUGAUCAUUCGGGCACAGAAGGAAUCCUGACCGUGGAUCCUGACGCCACCGAGCCCAUUCUCCUUCUGCUGCAGCUUGACCCCAGCGCGACUUUCAAGUUCCAGAUCAACGUGACUGCUGUGGACUGCGACGAUGUUGUGCAGUUCAAGUCCCCGAAUGUGUGCGGCAUCAAGAACGACGUGUCUCCCCUCAGGCGAAGUGGUCUUGUCGAUGACCCUGAAGUUAAGGCUGACGCCGAGGACGAGGCAGACGUGGAGCCGCAGGAGGAGGACGCCCGGGAAGGCCGCGCCCGCAAGAACAAGCCGGACCGAGGCGGAAACUCCGGCCGCAAGAAGGCGAUUGUCAAGCGUCUGCAGGAGGAAAAGAAUGUCUUCUCGCAGGCCUUCGCCACGGCCAUCGAGAAGGGGAAGCUCGGCACAAGAUCCGAAAAGGGACGCAUCCUGGGAAGCCCCGCUAGUGUGGCCGAGUGGCCCUGGAUGGUGGCCAUCGAGCUGAACGCCGAGGCGACGCUGCCCCUGUUCGGCGGGCCCUUCCCCUUCCCGCAGCCACUGUGCUCGGGCGUCCUACUCGACGACGCCCACGUCCUCACCUCCGCCUCCUGCAUCCUCAGCAUCAACCCGGGCGUGAACCAGAAGCGCGCCAACCUCCGGGCUCUGGUGGGCGAGUAUGACGUCUCGUCGACCGACGACACGACCAGCUUCAACGUCAGCGUGUCGAAGGUGACGUUCCCGAUGACGUACGACUUCCUCUACCUGCAGGACGAUUUCGCGGUGGUCGAACUCGCCACGCCCGUGCCCUUCACGCCCACCAUCAGGCCGAUCUGCCUGCCCGCUGACUACAACCUGUUCCCGAGCAGCGAGGGCGUCGUCACGGGCUGGGGGGAGGACGGCUUGGGCGGCAGCAUCACCGUCCUUCAGGAGGCCACCGUCGAGGUCGUGAACGACACCACCUGCCAAAAUGCCAUCGACAGUCUCUUCUUCUUCUACUCGCUCAUUCCUGGCUUCGACCCGUCGUUCGUUGACUCGAGCGCCUACACCUGCGUCGUCGGAACGAACCGGGGCAGCCCCGUCUGUAGUGAUGACAAGGGCACCCCCCUCGUGCGCAAGGACCGGACGGGAGCCUACUUCCUGACGGGCGUGCAGACCUUCGCCAACACCUGCGGAGUCGACUUCCCGAACACCUUCACCAAAGUGGAUCCCAACUCGGUCUUCAUGAAUGUGGCAUUGGCCUGAGGUCGACCCGUUGCUAGAGAAGGUGUUUUUAAGUGUCUGCUCUACCAUGUUUGAGUUAAGAGGGUGGUAGAUAACGAGCAGUAUAGCUAAACAACAUAGUUUUAUUGAAAAAUGACACAAUGGUUUUGAAAUCUCCCAUGAGGAUUUCGAAACAUCUUUUUCAACUUUCAAUGAGUCUUUUUUGUUUACUGUACAGUGGAUUUUCUGUCACUUUAUCUUGCCACUUUGUUGUUUUUUGUCUGCCAGCUUAUUGCCAUACUACUGUUGAUGGGUUUUCAUCCCAUGUUUUAUUUAUGAUUCUCUUGUUAUUUUUUUGCCUAUAAGUAUUUAUUUGUUAUUGCUAAUAAAUGAUAAUCACGCUGGUCGUGUUGAAA